AUGCGGCGCUGNGGGCCGGGCCGGGCGACCGGCUCCGAGGCUUCGCAAGUGCCCGCCCGGCCGGACGCCGCCCGCGGCCCCGCCCGGCAACCGCCGCCGGGCAGGAGAGGCGCUCCCGCGGCCCGGCCCGUUCCCCGCGGCGGAGGCAGCGGCGGCAUGGAGCCCAUCGGGGAGAAGGCGCCCUUGGCGGCGCGGGCCCUCCUGCGGCUCCCGGGCGGCGAGGGGCGGCCCGCGUCCUGCGCCGGGCCGGGGGAGGCGGUUUGCUGGCCGCCGGGCCUGGGCCGCGUCUCGGGGACCGCCCUGGCGGACGAGGAGUCGGAGCGCGACAGCGUCCACACGGGCGAGUCGCACGAGGGGGCCGAGGAGCUGCACGUGGAGCUGGCCCAGCUCUCCACCGAGCAGCUGCUGGCCCUGGUGGAGGAGAACAGCCACAUCAACUCCAUGCUCAAAAUUGAAACAGAAAUGUUUGAGAAAUUUUUCAAUAGAUUGGAGCCAAAAGACUUGGGAGCAGAAAGACAUGGCUCAUUGCUGGACUUGGGACAAGCACCAUAUCCGCGGAGCAGGCGCAAGUCAAAGUCCCGCAUCACAACCGAUCGUGUGAUCUGCCUGACAGUGGAACAGAAAUGUGACCUGGUCCAGCGGGAGCUGGACGAGACAAAGGAAGGCCUGCAGCUGAUGAAGGAGAACUCAGAAAGGACCUUGCAGAAUUACUUGGCUGUCCUAGAGGAAGCAGAUAUUCGCUUGGUUGAAAUUAAGAGAGCUAUGAUGGAGUUUGACAAAGACAUAGUCAAAACCAUAACUAAGAAGAAAGGGAGCGUCAUUGCCUCUGAUAAGGUGCUGCGAUACAUGGAGGACCGGAUUCGCUCUAGGGAUGUUAUGAAAGAAAAAAUUCAUUUGAAAAACGAUUCUCUAAAAGUUCAGAAGAAGAAGAUGCAGAUGCAACUCCAGCAGAAGGAGGAGCUGGGAGAGGCACUGCACGAGGUUGAUUUCCAGCAGCUCAAGAUUGAGAAUGCUCAGUUCCUGGAGAAAAUAGAUGAGCGAAACCAAGAGUUACUGCAACUGAAGCUGACUGUUGGCAACACCCUGCAGAUCCUCAACUUCUACAAAAGGAAGCUGCAUUAUGCAACGGCCAUGGCUGCCUACCUGGUGAAAGACAUUGCGCAGAGAAAGGAAUCCCUGGAGAAAAUUGCUCACGAGGCCAUCCUUGUGGAAGAGGAACGGGUAAAGGCUGAGAUCCUGAACAAAAAACUACGGCGACAACUGGCAGAAUACAAAGUUCCUCCUGUUCUCAACUAUGUUCAUGAGAAGGUGGCUGUUCACGAUCUAGAAAACACCCUCAGGAUCUGGGAGAGGAAGGUGGAAAUUGCAGAGAUGGCCUUGCAAAGCUACCGCAACGUUUGGCACAAGGCGAAGAUGGCCAGUCACCAGCUGCAGGCUCUUCUGCCCGAACAGGAGAGACACAAAGCGACAGAGGGCCACUAGAGAAAUGAGGAGAGUGGGAGAGAAACUCAGUCGCCCAUCUGCUGCGUCCGUAGCCCCAUCGUCGUGGUGAACAGCUUCAUCCUCAGCUCCUUCCCCCAGGCCAGACCAGGGCAAACUUUGGACAGGCACAAAGCUUUCUCCAUGUUGCAUGUUUAUGCCUCUACAGACUGGUUUUGUAAAGUGGCUUAAUAAAUUGAUCUGUUUUUAAGAUA